GUCCGAGUUUGUGUGGAGUUGUUUGUAGCGAUUAGUGUGUUUCUGUGAGAUGUGAGAAGUUGUCAUGUCUGCUGUGUGGGAUUGAGUCUUCGUGUUGUGUAUGGUUUUGCGACGUGUGCAUAACCGUGUUGAGACGGGCUGUGUGCAGUCUUGAGGCCAUGAUGCGGGCGGCUGUGCGAUGAGUAGUCUAAUCUGCCUAGCAGCAUUCAGGUUGGAGGUGUAGGUGCAAGAUAGGCUUCUCUCACUCCAGAGAGGAAACGUCAUCCAGGGCCAUGAUGCCACUUCUCCAUCAUCAGUGUGCUGCUUGGUUAAGCUAAUGCUGCCGGAACCCUGUUCCUUGUGGAGGAAUCACACUGACUUGGCAUGAGGCCCCUGCGUUGUGGGGGUUGAGAAGGAUACUCCCAUGGCUUCUCUGGAUGACCCAGGGGAAGUGAGGGAGGGCUUCCUCUGCCCUUUGUGCCUGAAGGACCUGCAGUCUUUUUAUCAGCUUCAGUCACAUUAUGAGGAAGAGCACUCUGGGGAAGACCGUGAUGUCAAAGGGCAAAUUAAAAGUCUUGUCCAGAAGGCUAAAAAAGCAAAGAAUAGGCUGUUGAAACGAGAAGGAGAUGACCGAGCAGAGUCAGGGACCCAAGGAUACGAGUCUUUCAGUUAUGGAGGGGUUGAUCCUUACAUGUGGGAACCCCAGGAACUUGGUGCUGUGAGAAGCCAUCUUUCUGACUUCAAGAAACACCGAGCUGCCAGGAUUGACCACUAUGUUGUGGAAGUCAAUAAAUUAAUAAUCAGGUUGGAGAAGCUCACUGCGUUUGACAGAACGAAUACCGAGUCAGCUAAGGUCCGAGCAAUAGAAAAGUCUGUGGUGCCUUGGGUCAACGAUCAGGAUGUCCCUUUUUGUCCAGACUGCGGUAAUAAAUUCAGCAUCCGUAACCGCCGCCACCACUGCCGCCUCUGCGGGUCUAUUAUGUGCAAGAAGUGCAUGGAGCUCAUCAGCCUUCCCUUGGCAAAUAAGCUCACCAGUGCCAGCAAGGAUUCCCUGAGCUCCCAUACCAGCCCCAGCCAGUCACCCAACAGUGUGCAUGGCUCCCGCCGCGGCAGCAUCAGCAGUGUGAGCAGUGUGAGCUCUGUCCUGGAUGAGAAGGAUGAUGACCGGAUCCGCUGCUGUACACAUUGCAAGGACACGCUGCUCAAGAGAGAGCAGCAGAUUGACGAGAAGGAGCACACCCCCGACAUUGUGAAGCUCUAUGAGAAAUUACGACUUUGCAUGGAGAAAGUUGACCAAAAAGCUCCUGAAUACAUCAGGAUGGCAGCAUCAUUGAAUGCUGGAGAGACAACCUACAGUCUGGAACAUGCCAAUGACCUUCGAGUAGAAGUGCAGAAAGUAUAUGAGCUAAUAGAUGCUUUAAGUAAGAAGAUCUUAACCUUAGGCUUGAACCAGGACCCUCCACCACAUCCAAACACUUUGCGGCUGCAGAAGAUGAUCAGAUAUUCGGCUACACUUUUUGUGCAGGAAAAGUUGCUUGGUUUGAUGUCACUGCCAACCAAAGAACAGUUUGAGGAACUAAAAAAGAAAAGGAAGGAAGAGAUGGAAAGGAAGAAGAUCCUGGAGAGACAGGCUUCCCUGGAAUCCCAGCGGAGGCUCGAGGAAAGGCGGAGUGACCUGUCAUCUCGUGCCAAUGGGGAAGUAGCAUCCUUGCGAGGGCGCCAUGCCCCUUUGAGAAAGGCUGAGGGCUGGCUCCCCCUGUCAGGAGGCCAGGGGCAGAGUGAAGACUUGGACCCCCUGCUCCAGCAGAUCCACAACAUCACCUCGUUUAUCAGGCAGGCCAAGGCCGCAGGCCGGACAGAUGAAAUGCGCACCCUGCAGGAGAACCUGCGGCAGUUGCAGGAUGAGUAUGACCAGCAGCAGACAGAGAAGGCCAUCGAGCUGUCCCGCAAGCAGGCCGAGGAGGAGGACCUGCAGCGGGAACAGCUGCAGAUGCUGCGUGAACGGGAAUUGGAACGAGAAAGGGAGCAGUUCCAGGCAGCGUCCCUGCACACACGGACCCGGUCCCUGGAUUUCCGAGAAAUCAGGCCUUUUCAGCUGGAGCCCAGCAGAGAGCCUCGUACCCACCUUGCUCACGCUCUGGAUCUGGGCUCCUCCACAGUUGAGAGCAGUGCGGCUCUUAACACGCCUUCACCCAGCUCAGCUCUCGAGCCUAUCCGAGUGUGGUCUGGGUCCCCAGCCGCUGGCCAGGAGUUCUUCCUCCAGAGCACCUUGUUACAGCAACACGAGGUGCCCUCCCUAAAUCCCUUUGAUGAGGAAGACUCCUCCAGCCCCACUGCAGAGGGCUCUACCAGCCCUCCUGCUGCAGAGCCUUCCUUCGGCCCUUCAUCCUGCAUCUUCAAAGAGUAUAAUCCUUUUGAGGAAGAGGAGGAAGAGGCAGCAGUGGCAGGGAAUCCCUUCACUAACUCAGACAGCCCAGCACCCAACCCCUUUGAUGAGGAAGAUGAGUGUCCUCACCAGAGGCUCUCAAGCCCUCCUGUUCCUGGCAACCCCUUCGAGGAAGCCACCUGUACCAACCCCUUCGAGAUGGACAGUGACAGUGGGCUGGAGGGCGAGGAGCCCAUCGAGGAGGAGCUCCUGCUGCAACAGAUCGAUAACAUCAAGGCGUACAUCUUUGACGCCAAGCAGUGCGGUCGCCUGGAUGAGGUGGAGGUGCUGACGGAGAACCUGAGGGAGCUGAAGCGCACCCUGGCCAAACAGAAGGGGGGCACUGACUGACCAUGGGGUGGGCAGGGCACCUUUGGGUCCAGGGACCUGGCAGGAGCUAGUGGGGCAGGCGAGGGUUGGUGGGAUCGAUGGGAAGGAGGAAGGGUGAGAAUUAAGAUGCACACAGGUUAGGGGAGGAAAUCUGCUAUUCCGUGCUGUGCACUUGGAGGUUUUUCCACUACAACUGAAUAAUAAAAUGGGAAUGAGAACAGGAAGAAUCAGCAUGCAUUUGCUGUUUUUCCUGGGCUUUUUUAAAAUUGGGUUUUCCCUUUAGAAGGGACUUCAAAUUUUCACUGCUGAGAUAUAACUAAAUGCAUUUCUGUUGGGUCCCACCCAGAAACUCGUGGGUCCAUGUGUUCCUGCCUGGUCUUUGGCCAUUAUGCAGUAUUACAGGGCAGCCUUAUGUAGGGCCCUCCCUUUAGCCAAGACUGACUGACAAGGUGGGUUCCUUGAAACCUUACUCUCCUCUAGCAGAAGUCUGACCCUGUUAGGCUGUGGGUGCCUUUCACUGGGGCUUCCUCUGCCCUGCUGGGCACAUCCUGCUUGUGCAGUGGAAGGGGAGGUAUUUCUAGGAAGACACUGGUUUAGACCCAGGAGAGCCCAGAGGGGUGUGAGGUUUCACCAGGGUCUGUUUCUCUCUCAGUUUAAGUUCCUUCUCGUAGGAUGUGAACCUCUCGGUGCUGGGGUAUCACUGCAGUCUGAUCAUGGGCUUUUUAGAAAGUGGAAGUGGUAACUGUUUGGUCAAUCAAGGUAGUAGUAUUUGGGAGAAGAGUCUCCACCCAAAUGUUGCUGUGUUCUCUCUGACUACUAGAACAGUUGUCUGACCCAGGAGAAACCUAGAGCUUUGACAGUUACUUGUACCUGGGAUUUUUCAGAGGACCCAGUCUAUAAUUUAGGAAUUGGUGGUCAGGAAGCUGUUGUGGAACAUUGUCAGGAGAACAGAAGCUUUCCUAAGUCACAAGAUAACUCAAAAUAAUUUCCAAGGCUGUUGAUCAGCCUUCUUCCCCUUUGGUUCAUCCGUCCUAGUGUUUAGCAUUAAGAAACUGAGAUGUUUGAAGAAGCACAACCCAGGACCAUUCUGGUAGCAUGGCAGUACUUGAACUCUUCACCAACUGAGGGCAAAAAGGGAAAUUGUUAAUUCAGCUCUGGUGCUUUGGUUUCCAGGAACAUAACCCUUAACUGACACCUGGCAUCAUUAUACCCACGUGUGCUCAGCUCUUGGUAGAGUUCCUGCCAUUACCAUUGUUAAUUAAUGAACAAUAACUGACCACAAGUCACUUUAUAUCCCUUAACUAACUCUGGGUCAUACUCUCACUGGUCACUGGUGUGAGGGCUAAAAUUCAUUUUGUUACAUUCUGGGAAGACUCCUGUUGAUCUUGGAAAUGUUUGAAAAACAUUGUGGUGUAAAAAUAGUCUGUAUUUGUGUUGACACUAUUUACAUUUUUUUUAGCACCUGCUGGAUCUUUGGGUUGAAAGAAGAGGUCGUGAAUAGGGGUGUGGAAAUGGGGAGUCAGUGGAAAGUGUGUAGAAGACCCUUGAGUUGGGGUUCUGUUCACGAAGGGACGUGAGUGGGUUACUGAUGUCAGCCGGCGCCAACCUCACUGACUUCUGUGGCAGUUUUGGGAAGCUGGCAUUCAGGCACAUAAAUGCUGUCCGGUACAGGCGUCUUGUCUUCCUGGAGGUCCAUGGCCUUCUUGCUGUAAUUCUGGAAGCUUCAUGGAUGGCUGCAUCCUCCUUCCUGCUCUGUCUGGCGUUUCCCUCAGAUUAAAGAGGAAGAAGCUGACUCCACCGGGAAGCAGGUAGUUCCUAAAUGCUGCUAAAGCUGCUUUUCAUCAUAACUACUAUUCUUAUGAGAAUAUAUCUUUUAAUUAGGUGGUUUCAAUUAAGACUAGUUUAUUAAGCAUACUCUUUCCUGGAAAUCAACCAUAGGUAGGCAAUUUGAGUAAUUAAGAGCAUUGAGAAACACACAUAAGAAACAUUUUUAAAACUUAAACAAAUUUCACUGACUAUCCUAAACCAAACUAAAACCCUCUGAUGUGAUUGAAUUCUUCCGUGGCCAUACUCUUCCAUGAAUUCUUUCAUUUAAUUCUUCCAUGGCUAUAUUCUCCUAUAAGCAUAGACCUACCGAGUAGUUAGAAUUCUCUACCCCUCAGCAGUACCGGUUCCCAGAAUUCACACAGGCACGAAGUUGGAUUUACAGAGAUGGGUUAACAUCAGGGGAAAGAUAGCCUGUGACGUGCCACCACAGAUUCGAGUUCUUGCCUCACGUGAAUAUUUCACCUUUCUUGUAGUCCUUCAAAGCAGAUUGUACCCUCAUCAAAAAACGAGGAAGUUCUUGAUACAGUGUUGGCAGAUCUCCCUAGAAAUAGAUCAUAUAUGGAAGAGACUUUGGCUUUUCCCUUUUAUGCCUUGUUUGCCCUGACUAAUACACUAAGGACACAAUGUAUUUGCAGCUCAAUGUGUUUUUGCUGUUCAGAUAGUAAAAUGUACCUGAGCCGUCAUGAGCUGUGUGGUAGGUUGGACGUUUGCAUAGUUAGCUUACGGGACUCAAAAGUGAGAAAGAGGUCUCUAGCAGGUUCCAGUCUGGUAUCAUUAUGCUGGUCAUCUGACAAUGGAGAGUCUGAGGGUCAUUGAUUUGCAUGCACUACUUUGGGGCUUUGUAAUGGAACCUUUUUAAAAAAAUAAAAUAA